AUGUCUCGCCUUGCACCCAAAAAGCCAUCACUUUGUAGUGACGGACCUUUAGCAGAUUAAAAACUGUCUGUAUUUAGAGAGGUCUUCAAAUCGUAUUAUGGUCCUUGUGGCAGAUUAAAGCUCAUACAUAACAACCGGGGAGGCCAUGUUCAGACCACUUCAUCAUCUGCAGUUUUGCUGAAUGGGGUUCCUUUGUCCCACCCAACGCUGAAGCUGCUGGCUGAACCAGGUGUCUCGAUUUACUGCUGUACUCUCUGGUUUACUUGUAAAAAUACCAGAGACGCUGCCACUGUCCAACAUAGAGGUGUAGCAGUCUUCAGUGUUUCAAUGUCCGGGGAUCUUUCUGAUGUUGCUGAUGGAACCGUAGAAAUAAGCUGUACUGUGUCCUCAUAAGUGGUCAUUCUGGAGCAGCUACUUACAGUGGGCAAGCAAAUGGUCAGCAAGUGUGUAGGCUUUUUGCUGUGUCAGAAGGUGGUUCAUCCUGUGUUGCAACAGUACCUGCAAGAACAGCAUGUGAUUGUUGUAGACCUAUUAGGAGCUGCCCUGUUGGAGCAUAAUUACCUGAUAGCAAGCAAAACAAAGAUUAAAAGAAGGCGACACAUUGCACAUAAAGACUUGCUGUUGUUCAUUGUAAACAUGCUCAUUAUACUGUUUGAGAAACAUCAGAGUCUGGACUUGGCUAUUCUGGAUAAUAAGUAUCCCCCCUUUACUCCUGGAGCAGAUCACAGCCACUUUGAGGAAAUCAACCAUAAUCUUUUUGUUUUGGACUCCUUUCCAGCAAAAAUUAUUGCUUUGCAGAUAGCAGUCGAGAGUGAAUCUCUUCUUUUUGAUCUCAAAUACAUCAUACAGGAUGUUAAUUAG